AAAGGAAAAAAAAAAACCGCAAGGAUACUUGAGAUCAUUUCUCAGUUGUUUCCAGUCAUUGAUAAAAGGUAUCAUAUGGGCCAUCCUUUUACCUAAGAAAAGUGUUUUGCCUUAACAAAGCUCAAAAUAAGAUUGUUGUUUGGGGUAUCUGUUUCUCCUUUGUUUCUGUUUAUGUGGAAGUGAAUAUCAUAUGGCAGUUUUGUCAUUGAAUUCGUUGCCGUUGGGGUUCAGAUUCAGACCAACAGACGAGGAAUUGGUCAAUUUCUACUUGAGAUUAAAGAUUAAUGGUAAUGAUAAAGAUGUUAGAGUCAUCCGUGAGCUCGAUGUCUGCAAAUGGGAGCCCUGGGAUUUGCCUGAUAUGUCGAUCAUUAAAACGAAUGAUCAAGAGUGGUUCUUUUUCUGUCCGCUGGACAGAAAAUAUCCAAAUGGGCACAGAUUAAACAGAGCAACGAGCAAAGGGUAUUGGAAAGCAACCGGAAAAGAUCGAAAAAUUAAAUCGGGAAAUACCUUGAUUGGUAUGAAAAAAACACUGGUUUUUUACACAGGACGGGCUCCUCGAGGUACUAGAACUCACUGGGUUAUUCACGAGUAUCGUGCUACUGAAGAUGAUCUUGACGGCACUAAACCUGGCCAGAACCCUUUUGUGAUAUGUCGUUUAUUUAAGAAACAAGAUGACACUGUUGAAAAUUUGAACUUGGAUGAGAAUGAAGCUACUACUCUUUUGUCUCCUACUGCACCCCAGUCUUCUCUAGAAGCUGCAGAAUCAGACCUAGCAUUGGCACAAGUAAAUACCCCAAAUGAAUGUUCCAAUGCUUUUGUGGAAGGAGAUCAAACUGCCGAUUUAGCUGUCCUUGAGGAGGAUACACAGUUGGAAGAAGAUUUAAAUUGGUUUAUCCAACCACCUGGCCCACUAGACGACAAGCUCUUUUCUCCGCUUCAUGCGCAGGUGCAAGCAGAAGGGGGCUCAACCUAUUACACUUCUGGCAAUGACUUGGGCGACCAUAACAAUAAUGGCGGCACUAAUGAAACGGAUGCUGCCUAUGUAACUAAUUUCCUGAAUGACAUCCUUCAGCAGCCAGUUGAGUACUCUUUUGACGAGUCUGGCUGUAUAAACCCCAUUGCCUUUGAUGAGGAUUCUGAAGCUUUUGGUGGAUUAGAUGUUAAAAGGACCCAAAUUGUGCUUGAGGAAGAGUUGCAAAGUUCUAUCUGGACUGAGGAUGAUAUUGACAGGAAGCCUUCUUUACACAUUGAGACAACUCCAGGAGAUUACAGAACAGCAACUUAUGACCUUAGUAGAAAUUUGGGUUCGGUAUGCCACGAAAAGCAAAAUCUUGCAUCAAGUUCUGCUGCAGACCAAUUUAGUAGUUCCAAAGAGAGCAACCCUAUGAAUCAAAUUGGAAGUAGUGAAAGCCCUGGAACUGGAAUCAGGAUUAGGGCUCGGAAUGCACAAAAUUUACCAAUUUUCUCAAACUCUGCUACACAAGGUCUUGCAUCAAGGAGAUUGCGUCUGCAGUGUAAAUUACAAGUCCAGCCUCUUUGCUUUGGUGAAAUCUCAAUAGAUGGGAGCUCUAUCUCGAAAGAACACAUAUUGGAAGAAACUGUGUUAGAGGAGGUGAAAGUGACAGAAAAGGAUACUUCUCAUAGUGUCGGUAGCUCUAGUAUCAUAGAUGGAAAUAAACACCAGAAACCUUCUGUUUCUGAGGCUAGAGAACACAUUAAAUUCUCUGAAGAAAUAACAUCUAACAGUGGAAACAUCAUGAGGAAGAGGAGCAAUGCUGUGUCCAAAAAGGUUCCAUCCAUCCCCUUGAAGGCUUCUUCCACCCAUCACCCUAUGUGGUCCAAAUCUAUGCUUAGAGUAGUUGUGUUACUAAGUUUGCUUCUGAUCUUAGCGAGUAUAUGGCGGUGCCUAUUUUUGAAGCCGCUUAGGGACCUCAUCCCCUUGUAGUUUUGUAUCCCCGAUUAUACUAGUGUUAUUUGUUAUUAUUAUUGUUAGGGGUUGGGUGGAGGUGGCAGGUGGCGGCGUGAUUACUAAUUAGGCUUACAGGGAUAGACUUGCUAGGUUAGUAUUCAUGUAUAUCUAAAUUAGUUAGUUAAAUAUACGCUCGUGCCGAGUUUUGCUGUCUAUAUAUGACAACUUUGCUGUUUUGAGCUUUUAUGUAUUUCUUGGCAGUGGGAGCUUAAUUUCAUAAUAUUAUUGAGAAAUUUCAUUCU